UCUACACAGCUAAAGAGAUUUGUCAGAGAAUCAGCAAUUAAGAAAACCUGGAUCACUUUCUAUCCCUGUGGACUCCUUCCUUCAAAGAACAAGGACAGAAGAAAGGAAACAGGACCCUCAUGGAUGGGGAAAUGGGUGGCCCCACCCACCUCUGAAUAUGGAACACUGACUUAUACUACAUCAGACCAUUGGUUCAUCUGGCUCAGUAUUGUCUACACUAACUGGCAGCGGCUCUCAGGAUUUCUGAGACGGAGUCUCUCUCAGCCCUACUUGGAGAUGCUGGAGACUGAACCUAGAACACUCUGCAUUCAAGGCUUUCCAGAUGACACACACAGUCCUGUUGCCUUUUCUUGCAUCAUACAGCCGCUAAACCACAUGCUUUCGCCCAGAACAAGCAUUUUUUCAUCUCACUGCCUGGGAACAGCACAUAUUUCAAAAGAGGGCAAGAUUCAAUCCUUUGAUGCCAUUAAAAUUAAACCAUCAUUAAAGAUAUACAACAAAGUAAAAGUUCUCAGCAAAGAUCCCGGUCUUCAGAAGAAUGCGUUAUGUGACCAGGCUGCCUGUCGCCACCUGUUCCAGCUCCUGUGGUGCCCUACCACAGCACCCCCACUGCCCUCUGGUAGGCUUACUGGGAGGGCCCAGCAAGAUCGCACUCAGGGUGCCUUCCAGGCACCUUGCCCUCAAACCUGGUGCCUGGUCUGCUCAGUGCUUGAAUGCAGGCCCAUGGGUGAAAAGUGUUCCUGUAUACCAAGAGUCUCUGAGCUUGGGCAGCUCAAUAACAAAAGAAUUUGGCAAUUCCACAGAAAUCCUGCAGAAAAUUUCAGUGGAAAUGAAAUAGCCAGGACUAGCACUAGCUCCAAUAUCACAUGCAUAAAAAAUAGGAUAUUGACAUAUUUUGCAUGAUAUCUGUGUGGUUUUUCAAUUAUGCAACUCCUUUUGUCUGCCUCACUUUUUAUGUUUUAGUUGCACUUUAGUGUACUGUUGUAUAAGAAUAAAUGUAUACAGAUAACCAUAAAAUGGAAAUCCUCCUAUGCAUUGCCACAGAACACGCUUCACUAGAUGGUUCUUAGCUCUUCAGAACGGGUGAAAGAAGUGAGAUUAAAAUUUACGGACCAGAUUUAUGGACAGUUCACACAGGGGCUUGUGCACUAGCCCCUACGCUGAUUGAAAACUAACUGUCUGUAGCAGCUGCUGACUCUGGUCUUUCUACAGCAGUGGUAGCCAGCAAGGUGCCCUCUAGAUGUUGUUGGACCACAACUCCCAUCAGCCCCAGCCAGUAGGGGUCAGGAAUGAUGGGAGUUGUUGUCCAGUAACAUUAGGAGGGCAUCACGCUGGCUACUCUUAUUCCACAGAAUAAUGCAAUGGUAGUGGAAGAACCAUGUAGCCCUAAGCUCCUUGGAAGAAACCUGCUCCAACUCUCUGAGCAGCACCACUGCCUGCCAUUGUUUGCCUUCUCGCCCUCCUCUGUGGCUCAACACACCUCAGGCCUUACCAACUUCUUGACAGCUGUCAGUGGCCCAAAAUUCUCCUGUUAGAUCUCUGCCCUUCUUACCCAGCUUCUCCAAGCUACAACCUAGCACCACAUACCUUCUCAUCGAUCUGCUGUCUCUUCACUUGUGAAGAAAGCCUUCCACCUGUGCAUAUAUACAUACAUACGCAGAGAGACUAUAUAUAUUCAGUGCAGUAAGGGGUGUAACCUUCCCCCCCUUAAGGCCAAUAGGAAUGGUUCCCUCCCCUUAAGACCAAUAGGAAUGGUUCCCUCCCCUUAAGACCAAUAGGAAUGGUUCCCUCCCCUUAAGACCAAUAGGAAUGGUUCCCUCCCCUUAAGGCCAAUAGGAAUGGUUCCCUCCCCUUAAGACCAAUAGGAAUGGAACAGCUGUGCUGUCUAAUGCUAGCACAGCUUGCCAGGUCUUUAGAAUUCAUCGCAUAAAAAAAAAAAGAGGUGUCAGCACUCAAGUCUCCAUCAAGUUCCAUCCUAUUUCAUAGAAGCCUGCAUUUCCCCUCUCCCUGAUCUGGUAUAUGAGAAUUAGUGUACUAAAGACACUUCUCAAAUGCUCAGACACUACUCUUUGGAUAAGAUUAUUAGCAAUAGGAAUGGAACACCUGCGCUGUCUAAUAUUGAAAUCUUGGUUGCUAUCUGUUACACGUUGCAGCAGUGUGUUCAUUUUGUAUUUCCUAAUUGUUGGUACAGACAACCUCACAGUCACAAUAUUGCUUUUAAUUAAUACUUUGCUGGCUUUUUGUUUUGUGCUAGGUUUUUAUACUACUGUGUUGACUUGUUUUAUGUUUGUUUCUAUUUUGUGUUUUUGUUAAGAUUUUAUAUUGAUUGUAUAUUUUUAUUAUUUUAAUUAUAUUUGUAAGCUGCCUGAACUCUGUUUUUAACAAUGAAAGGGCAGGAUAUAAAUCCUCUUAAUGAAUAAAUAUUCCAUAGUGUUGGAAACUAAAGUCUAGACUCUAAGCAUUUAAAAUAAGAUUCCUCACAUCCACCCCCAGUUUUGGGUGGUAAUUACUAGGCACAAAAACAAAACAACUGGACAACGCAACCAUUAAUAUGCUUAAUUUGCCUAAUCAACAAAUAAUUUGCAUAAUAUGCAAAUUAGCCUGACCAGAUUUAUGGAACUGGAAAAUGGCAAUUCUAUCAUAGUUGGACUGAGCCAGGAAAUGCCUUGCCUAAAGCAUUCAGCUCUGACUGCUGGAAGCCACACUCUGUAUGGUCUCCAAAUCAAGAGUUAUUCUUAUCUUUGCACUAACAAGAGAGACUUUGCCACAAGAUGCUGUCCCCAAAUUGCAUUCUCUAAUUAGAUGCAAAUGAAUGCAGUGCUCCAGCUCUUUCUGGGCAAUGCGCUAGGAUAAGAGUAACAUAAUGUUACUGAAAUCGCUUUGAGGAGCUCACAGGCAGGCUGUUUCUUGCAUUUUUUUUUUUUUUUAAAGAUUUAAAUCUGAUUUAACUUUUUGUUUUUGAUUCUUCCCCUCCCGACUGGGAAACUCCUCUUUAAGGAAUCCAGCUGGGGUGAUCUCUGUUUGGCUCUGACACUGGCAGACUCUGUCAGUCUAGGGCAAUUGCUGCAGCCAGCUUUUAAAACAGUUCAGGCCUUUGUGAAGUGAUUGUUUCAGUUCUUUCGAGAGGGGCAUGGAACCCCCCCCCCCCAGAUUUCUUCAGAAAUAUCUGCCCUGCGGGAGGGUUUGAGUGGCACAGCCAUGCUUUGGAGGGCCAAACAUAGACUUAAAUUCAUUUAUUUCAACCAAAGUCAGCUGCAAUUGCAUAUAAAGGAGCAGGGGGAGGUGCCGAAUUUCUAGCAUCUUCUGCUUAAGACUGAGCAUUUUCUCUCAACUUUGGAAAAAGUGCCUGAGGAACAAACUGUGGAUUUAACACCCCCACCCGCACUACCCUUUUGACAUAAAAACCAGCUCUGCCCCACUUCAUAUGCCAUCCUGGUUUAAACAAACAGAUCUGCUGACUUUGCACCCUAGUUGUGCCCGGAGUGAUCACGUAGAAAGCUAGCAAAUCAAGGAAAGGGUUCAGCAAGAGCCUUUCCCCUUGAUGUGUUUUUAAAAAAACCACACACACACACACACGUCACAUACCAUACUGUCUCAGAAGGGACACCAUUCAGGCCUUUUUAAUGUGAUUGCGUUUCAGUUGUUUCAAGAGGAGCAUGGAGCUCCCACAUGAAUUGCCAUAACAGAAGAAGAAGAAUGAAGAUUUUGCUGAAUGUGUACCAUGCUCCUAACUAAUCUGUUGAUAUGUAGUGCUGAAGAGAUGGAAUUGUGUACCAAGAAGUCCCUGGUUUGAAUUUUGCCUGUGGCAUGAAUUUGUUUUUAUAAUUGUAUGAAUAUAUUGUUGUAGCCCAACAUCCCAUAAAUCUUAUAAAUAAAUAAAAUAAAAAUACUGUA